AUGUCCGAUCAAGCAUCCCGAAGUCGAAACCAAGAACCAUUUUUGCUUCCAACCCAUUCUGCUGUCAUAAAUUUCCAUCUGGAAGAAAGUAACAAAGCAGUCCAAGAAAGCGAAAGCAUGGCUAAGAAUGGCAAGAUGAAGUCCAAGGCGGCCGAAGACACCAAGAAGACAAAGUCGGAUGCUGAGGCCAAGGGAGCCAAGGGCAAGAAAUCGGCUGCUGACAAGAAGUCAAAGCCUGCUGAGGACAAGAAGAAGAAGCCAGCUGGAGGCAAGAAAGGCAAAAAGCAAUAG